AGUCUGAGCUCCACAAUGACGGUGGUGGCUGGAGAUAACAUGGAUGAGACCUCCACUCUACCUGGGCAUCCUCAGGACUCAUAUCCCCCUCAUCAUGAGGACCAUGAAUGCUGUGAGAGAGUGGUUAUCAACAUAGCCGGGCUGCGCUUCGAGACGCAACUGAAGACACUUGCUCAGUUCCCUGAUACAUUGUUAGGCAAUCCGAAGAAAAGGAUGCGAUACUUCGAUCCCUUAAGAAAUGAAUACUUCUUUGACAGAAAUCGUCCAAGCUUUGACGCUAUCCUGUACUAUUAUCAAUCAGGAGGAAGGUUGAGAAGACCUGUUAACGUUCCUUUGGAUAUGUUCUCUGAAGAAAUUAAGUUUUACGAGCUUGGAGCGGAAGCUAUGGAAAAAUUCAGGGAGGAUGAAGGUUUCAUUCGCGAGGAAGAACGUCCGUUACCAGAGAAAGAGUUUCAGCGCCAAAUUUGGCUCCUGUUUGAGCAUCCAGAGAGUUCAGGCCCAGCACGAGGCAUUGCAAUAGUGUCGGUGAUGGUCAUUCUGAUAUCCAUUGUGAUCUUCUGUUUGGAGACAUUACCAGAACUUAAGGAGGAUCCACAAGGCCGCCUGCAAACGGUAGGGAACAGCACAUUCUACUACAAACCAAAUAUUCUUACUGACCCUUUCUUCAUCGUGGAGACUCUAUGUAUUAUCUGGUUUUCCUUUGAACUGAUUGUUCGUUUUUUCGCUUGCCCAAGUAAAGCAGCUUUCUUUAAGAAUAUGAUGAACACUAUAGAUGUGGUGGCCAUUAUACCAUAUUUCAUCACACUUGGCACAGAACUGGCGGAGGAUCCUGCCAGUGGAAAAGAAGCAAAAGGGGAACAGGCCACAUCUUUAGCCAUUCUCAGAGUCAUUCGCCUUGUCCGGGUGUUCAGAAUCUUUAAACUGUCAAGACACUCUAAGGGGCUUCAGAUAUUGGGGCAAACCUUAAAGGCCAGCAUGCGUGAGCUGGGACUGCUUAUCUUCUUUUUAUUCAUCGGAGUCAUCUUGUUUUCGAGCGCAGUGUACUUCGCGGAGGCUGAAGAGAAGGAAUCUUACUUUACCAGCAUCCCAGAUGCGUUCUGGUGGGCUGUCGUCUCCAUGACAACUGUUGGCUACGGGGAUAUGUACCCUGUGACCAUUGGGGGCAAGAUAGUUGGCUCUCUAUGUGCCAUCGCAGGUGUGCUGACGAUUGCACUGCCGGUGCCUGUGAUUGUGUCCAACUUUAAUUAUUUCUACCACAGAGAGACGGAAGGUGAGGAACAAGCACAGCUUCUGAACAUGAGCAAUCCAAACAUUGCGUCCGACUCUAACUCUAGUCGCCGGAGCUCAUCUAUUGUCAGUAAAUCGGAAUACAUGGAAAUAGACGAUGACAUAAACAACAGCAUCGACAAUUUUAGGGAAGCAAAUCUCAGAACUGGCAACUGCACAAUCGCAAACCAGAACUGCGUGAAUAAGGGAAAACUCCUUACCGAUGUUUAG